GAGCCGAGCCGGGCCCCCCGCCCAGCCCGCCGGGGCGCUGCGAGGAGCGGGCGCUGCCCCGCCGCGGGACCCCCACAGGCGGGCCAGGUCUUCAUGAGGGACAGCCCUGGAGCCCAGAGAGACGCAUGGUGCACAGGAUACUGAAUCUGGCCUAGUCCUCUAGCCCAGCAAGCUGUGAGAGGUACAGGAAAGUCUGCGGGGCAGCGGGGCCAGUGCUCCUGCGAGGAGUCUGCCGCACCGUCCCUGAGUGAUGGUCUGGGAAGCACUGGGACCAUGAAGGGUUUAGGAGAUAACAGAAGCCGCCACCUCUCUGAUAACCUGGACUCCCCUCAAGACUCUCUUUAUGCCCCCCAGGACAGGAACCCUUAUCUCCUCAGCCCCACCGACUCCUUCACCAUGGAUCCCCGAUUCCCAGCCCAGAACACGCUCCAUGGUGACUGUCUCCUUCCACUCAACAACCAGAUCUCCAACAGCAGCACUUUCCCCCGCAUUCAUUACAACUCCCACUUCGAGGUCCCAGAUGACAACCCUUUUCCGAGCCAUGCUCAAGCCACAAAGAUCAACCGCCUACCUGCAAACCUCCUUGAUCAGUUUGAGAAGCAGCUGCCCAUCCACAGGGAUGGCUUCAGCACCCUCCAGUUCCAGCGGAGUGACGCGAAGCACCGGAGCGAGAGCCCUGGGCGCAUCCGGCACCUUGUCCACUCUGUGCAGAAGCUCUUCGCCAAGUCCCAAUCUCUGGAGGGCCCCACCAAGGGCAACGUGAAUGGGAAGAAGGGGGCAGAUGACGCCAAGCAAAACCGGAGGAGCAAGAGCAAGGACCGAGCGAAAACCUCCGAGCCCAAGCGUAGGACCAGGUCCAAUAUCUCCGGCUGGUGGAGCUCAGAUGACAACCUGGACAGCGAUACCUGCAGCUACCGCAACCCCAUGGGGCUCAUGACGCUGGGCCGGCAGCCCGACCACAGCCAACCAAAGUACUUCAUGCACGCCUACAACACCAUCAGCGAGCACAUGCUGAAAUCCUCCAAGAGCAAUAACGACCUCAAAGUCACCCCUUGCACCAAUAUCCCCAUCAACAACGACUCCAACUACAUCAAGCGGGGCUCCUGGUCCACGCUGACGCUCAGCCAUGCCCGGGAGGUGUGCCAGAAGGCCUCCGCCACCAUUGACAAAGCCUUGCUCAAAUCCAAGUCCUGCCACCAGGACUUGGCCUACCACUACCUGCAGCCUGACGCAGGGCUGUGGGCACAGCUGGGUGGCACGAGCCCGGCCAGCAGCUGGGCAGCCCCACCACUCAGCUGGGAGGACACGGGUGCCCCGCUGCAGCCGAGCGAGCCCCCACAGAAGUGGGACCAGCCCCUCAGCCCCGGGCCGACCGACGCAGGCAGCACCCAGGUGCCUCAGGGGGAGUGGAACAACACGCUGUCCAGGGACAAGGACAGCGAGAUCCCGUGCCGGCGCAUGCGGAGCGGGAGUUACAUCAAAGCCAUGGGGGAUGAUGAUAGUGAAGACUCAGAAAACAGCCCCAAACCAUCCCCAAAAACUGCAGCUCGGAGGCAGAGUUACCUCAAGGCCACCCAACAGUCCCUGAGUGAGCAGAGCACCACACAAAGGAGCCUGGACCGCUUGGAUUCUGUCGAGAUCCUCCUACCUCCGAAGUUCCCAACCUGGGAGGAAGAAUACAACCAGAUCUCUGACAGCGUCAAUGAGUCCAGCUGCAUCAACCAGAUGUUUGGACCCCCCUCACUUAUCCCUCAGAUAUUUACCCAUGGAGAGCAGGCACCCGAGCCAGAGCUGGGGGAGCAGUACGAGGCGGUCUGCGACUCGACCUACAGCGAAGCCGAGUCGGCGGCUGCGGAGGUGCUGGACCUGCCUCUGCCCAGCUACUUCCGAUCCCGGAGCCACAGCUACCUCCGCGCCAUCCAGGCGGGCUGCUCCCAGGAGGAGGACACGGGCUCCGUCCGCUCCAUCUCCCCGCCCCAGACGGGCAGCCUCAGCGGCAGCAGGACCCUGCCCACCAACAGCAGUUCAUCAUGCCUAGUGGCAUAUAAAAAGACUCCACCUCCUGUCCCACCGCGGACCACAUCAAAGCCGUUCAUCUCUGUCACUGUGCAGAGCAGCACUGAAUCGGCCCAGGACACCUACCUGGACAGCCAGGACCACAAGAGUGAGGUGACCAGCCAGUCAGGGCUCAGCAAUUCCUCGGACAGCUUGGACAGCACCAGGACACCCAGUGUGACGAGGGGGAGCGUCGUGACUCCAGCCAGAGACACUCCAGAGUUACCUCAGAAAAAUGCAACUUUGAAAAGUGACAAAGGGACUCUGACUAGCGAAGAGCCUAAAGUGGAGAAUAUCCCCAAAAGAAAGCUGUCGUCUAUAGGCAUACAAGUUGACUGCCUUCAGCCAGUGGCAAAAGAGGAGCCUCCUCCACCAGCCACCAAAUUCCAGUCCAUCGGGGUACAGGUAGAGGACGAGUGGCGAAACAGCCACUCUCGCAGCAUGUCCUCCAAACAGGACACAGACUCUGACACACAGGAGCCCAAUAACUCCAACUGUAAAUCAUCUGAGAGAAGCCUCGCUGAGUGCCCCCAGCACAACUCCAUUGGUGUUGAUGCCACCACCAGGCAACCAGCCAAGCCCUCGCAGAUUAAGAGAAACCUCUCCUAUGGAGAAAACAACGACCCAGCCCUGGAGCCUUCUUCCCUUCCUCCUCCUGACCCCUGGCUCGAGACCUCCACGUCGCCAUCAGAGCCCACGCAGCCCGGGGCCUGCCGGCGGGAUGGGUUCUGGUUCCUGAAGCUGCUGCAGGCAGAGACAGAGCGCUUGGAAGGCUGGUGCCGUCAGAUGGACCAGGAGACCAAAGAGAACAAUCUCUCUGAGGAAGUCUUAGGAAAAGUCCUGAGUGCAGUGGGCAGUGCACAAUUACUAAUGUCACAGAAGUUCCAGCAAUUCCAUGGCCUCUGUGAACAAAACUUGAACCCUAAUGCCAAUCCCAGACCCACAGCCCAGGAUUUGGCUGGAUUUUGGGAUCUCCUUCAGUUGUCCAUUGAAGACAUCAGCAUGAAGUUUGAUGAACUGUACCACCUGAAAGCAAAUAGCUGGCAAUUGGCAGAGACACCAGAGAGAAAGGAAGAGAAGAAACCACCCCCUCCAGUGCCAAAGAAGCCGGCCAAGUCCAAAUCACAGCUGAACCGGGACAAAGGCUCCGACUCGGACAGGCAGCGGCAGGAGGCGCGGAAACGGCUGAUGGCAGCCAAGCGCGCGGCGUCGGUGCGGCAGAACUCGGCCACGGAGAGCGCCGACAGCAUCGAGAUCUACGUCCCCGAGGCACAGACCCGCCUCUGAGCCACGGGCGGAGCACGGCACCGGGUGGGUUUUGUAAGUCAUUAAAAAGGAAAAAAAAGGUUCUCUUGAAACUAGUGUGAUUUAUUCAGUCUAGAGACAAUGAGCCAUCCUUGAAAAGGGCUCCUGAGUUGGCUUUUUUCUCUCAGCUUUAAGUAAUGAAGAUUUUAACAAAAAAAAAAAAGAAAAAAAAAAAAGAAAAGAAAAAAAUACCCCUCGUUUUCUCCCUGGCUGUGGUGUCGCUGAGUGGACUGGACAGACUCCUGGGAACUCCAGCCCCUCGACCUGGAACUUCAGUCUUUUUACUUGUUCUAUCUCAUGAAAAUUAUUAGCUUGUUUACAAGAAGAGGACAAGAAAACAUGAAGCCUUGAGCACUUGCCAUGCUGUAUUCUUUCUUCUCCUUAGAUCUGUUUUGCCCUUCUCAUCCUUUAUUUUUCCUUCCCCCUGCUCCCUUUUUCCCACCCUUUGCAUGGCUUCAGUUCCCGUGUUCCAAACCCCCCUUCCUGCAGAGAACACCCAUUGGUGUGUACUCCUGCUGCACUCUGCCAGCCAGCAGCCUUCCUCAGGGUUUGUGUUCCUUGGGAUGGGAUAUUGGGGUGGGCAAGGACUAGGGGCGGGGGGUUGUAUCCUCUGUUUAUGGGAGGGAGAAGAUGCUGGGGCCUGUAGAAUGUGCAGAGGGGUUGAAAUGCAGCCCAGAAGCAAACGUGCAAUAACCUGGCAAAGGGGGAAGGGACAGUGAGCAACUGAUCCUGAGAGCUGGACCUUCCUCCAGGCAUAGGAGCGGAGCUGAAGGACCACAGAGCACGAACCACAUCACUUCGAUUUUUCUUCUCAUCCCUUUCCCAAGUUACCUCCCUUGACUUGCUUGUUGAGAAAGAAGCUGCUGCACUGGGGGACCUGUUUGAGUGGGUGGGGCCGGGGGAGGGCAGGGGAGCAUCCUGGUGCUGGGGUGGGUGAUCUGUGUGUACAGAGAGGGGGGCAGGGGCGGCCACCGGCCUGUACGAUGUGUACAUAUGCACAUAUACACUUAGUAGUACCUGUAUAGUAAUUCCUACACACGUAUACCUGCCCAUGCACACCAUGCAGGUGGGACACACCUGGGUGAGGGUGGGCUGAUGUAUAGCAUAUAUUUUUACAUGUACUAUAUCUAGAUGUGUGUAAAAGUGUGUGUAAAAAUAUAUACCCUGUGUGUAAGCAGAUGCCUAUUUUUUCCUUAUCUCCCUGCUCUCUGGGUAGAGGAAGGAUUGCUAAAUAUUUUUUAGCCCGUUUUUCCCUUUGUAUGUCUCCUUUUCUGGCUUCUCGGAGCCAGAGCUGCCACUACGUGAUUCUUUGCCACCCCCUCCCACUAAAGGUUUUUGUCCCAUCCUGAGGGAUCUUGCUGGGGAUUUUUUUUUCUUCACAUGUUUGAACAAGUUGGGAGAUUGUAUGCUACUGUCAUGGGGGUGGAGGUGGAAUCCCAGAGGUUUCAGUGAGAGUGUUGGUGAUCCAGAAGGCAAAAAUUAAAUAAAAGUGAAAUCCUGAA